AUGGCGCUGUCCUGUUCGAGCCUCUGCAGCCGUUUGUCUUUGGUCCGACUGUCCGUCCUCAGGACAAACAGGACAACGUCUGUCCUCUAUUCUCCACACGCGUCCUGUCAGUCCAGGUUGCCUCUGUGCAGAUUCUACUCAACAUCCAAAGCUACUCGUGGUAUCGGUCGAUACGUCUCCUCCCGCCUUCAACUAGUAAACCGCAAAUAUGAAGAGUUCCUCAAAAGAAGAUUUCCCCGCUUUUAUCAGCUCUACCACACCUUUAUGGAAGGAUUUAAGUUACUGUACCAAGAUGCCAAAGAGGUGAGGAGGAUAAAAGCAAAGAUGUACUUUGAUGGAGUAAAGUUCCAGGAUUUGACCUACAGAGACAUGGAAUCACUUAGACAGUUUCGCAAAAACAUGACCAAAGCCUUCCCGCUGAUGGUGCUAUCCAUCCCUCCCUUUGCCAACUACCUGGUUUUUGUCCUGAUGUACUUUUUCCCCCGGCAGCUCCUGAUCCCUCACUUCUGGACUCCCAGGCAGCAGGUGGAGUUUCGGGGGGUGUAUAAUUCCCUCAGGGCGCAGCACCACUGGCCGGUGCUCAAAGGCCUGGAGGUCACCAGCCGACAAGUCAAAGACAGUCAGCUGCAGAGUCGCCUUAAAGAUCUGUGCACUAAAGUGAAGAGUGGAUCGAGCCCUCAGGUGUCUGAGAUCCUUGCCGUGCGGACCCUGUUCUCCGGACCUCCUCUGGGCAUACACCGGAUGGGCGUGGAUCACAUGAGGCGUGUCAGCCCGCUGCUCUUCCUGACGCCCCUCCUCCCCGGCCCCCUGAUCGGCCGGCGGCUGAACACUCACGCCUACGAGCUGCUGCUGCUGGACCGCGCCCUCAGCAGGAUGGGCCAUCAGCACCUCAGUGACUCUGAACUCAGACAGGCUUGUUAUCUAAGAGGACUCAACUCUGACGGUCUUGGUGUUAACCAGUGCCGGGAGUGGUUAUCCCAGUGGCUUCAGGUUUCCUCCUCAUUGAAAGAUUCAGAGGUGUCACUGCUUUUGCACAACAUUGUAUUUCUGUCAGCCAACUACCCGAAUGCUCUGAAAAGGUCCCACUGACAGGAAGCGUGAAGAAGUCUGCUGCUGUGAUCACUCGUGCACUGGGCAGCAAAACAUCCUGCAGAGCUGUUGACAUCAAGCUUUUUUUGCCAAGGAAAAAAAGUUAAAAGUGUUCUUGGCAACAUCUUUUUGGAAAGUAAAACACAAAGUGGGUCUGCCAAUAAAGAAAACCAAACCCAUUUCCA